CUAUUGUUCAGCUGUGCUACGCGUUGGGUUGCGGAGUGAUACUACGUGCGACGCCGCGGUGGUUGUCAUCGACAUGGACUUGCGUGUGCUCGACUUGCACAUGGGAUACCCAGGUAGCUGCCACGACAUCAGGGUGCUGCAGUUGUCCAGCCUGUCGCUGCGCACAAAGGAGAGGUCGUUGUUCCGUGGUCCCUACGUGACACUGCUGUUCGGUGUGAAGAUGAACGGGUAUGUUCUGGCGGACAAUGGCUACCCCCUUUCCGAAUGGAUGGUCGUCCCGUAUGGAGGCAUCAAUCAGCACGUCGACGAGGAGCGGUUUGACAACAAGCAGAAGGUGGCGAGGGGAGCGGUGGAGAGGGCGUUCGGGAGGCUGAAGGGCAUGUGGCGGCUGUUUCUGUGGACACACAAGACAAACCUGGAGACGCUAACGCAGCAGUUCACCGCCGUGUGCAUACUGCACAACAUGCUGAUCGACGUUGGAAUCCCCUUCGACGAGAAUCUGCUAUGGGAGGUCGACGCUAAUGGUGUGCGACAACGUGUGGCCCUGGGGAUCGAAAAGCCCCUCCAGCCUGUGUCGAUGAUGACGUCGACAAACAAAGCGUUGGCGCUGAGGGAUGCUUUGGCAAAACGUUUGGCGGAACGAUUGAGUCGUGUUUCAUUCAUGAACGGCAGCGCGUGGAAGUGCAGUCAUUGCAGCAAUGGGCGAAGGGCAUAUUCCUUGUUCCGUCCUGCCUUCAUUGGGUCGCUAUCGUCUGUAACCCGUCGGGGUUUGUGGUUUGCGUGGAGGGUCGUGUUCCCCAUGCUGGACAGCAGCGCGUGGAAGCGCGUUCAUUGUAGCAAUGGCCGGAGGGCAGAUUCCUUGUUCCGUCCAGCCUUGAUUGGGUUGCUAGCUUCUGUCCUGCGUCGGGGUCGGUAGUUUGCAUCGUGGGUUGUCUUUGGUUGCAGUCGCGAUUCACGGACUUGCGUCGCCGUCCGUUUUCUUGAAUUUUGUUAUUACCGUUG